UCUUCCCUCUCUCUCUCUCUCUCUCUCUUCCCCUCUCUCUCUCUCUCUCUCUCUCUCUCUCUCUGUCUUGCCGUGAAGAGAAGAAAUGAGCGCCGUGCGGACGGGAGUACGGAUCAGUGACAGGUAACGUGAACGUCUCCUCACUUCGCUGCUCUUUGCGCGGUCCCACCGGCACAAGGAGACCUUUGUGUGCGCAGAUUGAGAUAACCGAUCAAUACCGAUCGAUCCACUGAUCGGCUCGAAUGGAGGCUGGCGGGUCGGACCCCAUCGUGCGGUGGAGAGCGAUACGUGAGGGGGGAAACAGCUGCAGACUUUCUUCAGGAAAGUGAAGGAGAAGUUGUCUGUAACUAUUGGGGAGAGGAGGGGUAAUAACAGAGUGUGGUGGGGAAAGCGCUGCUGCUGAGUGACAUGGACGAGUCAGACAUUAUUGUUCUUAUAUAACUGUCAAUCUGAGAAGCAUCUCACUCUCUGCACCUACAGGAAGUUAGACAUGGAAGCAGUUGAGGCCCAGAGGAAGGUGCACAUCUGGCUCGAAAUCUGCUCUGUCUUUAGCUUAUUGUUUUUACACUGACAGCACAACUCAACUGUAUUUAUGUUACACCAAUAAGCCAUAAGGAAGUGAAGAAUUAAAGCUAUUCAUGUCAAAUUGAAAGGACAGAAUUAGAGCCCUCACAGUGAUUGUACAGUUCUGUCACAGCUCUGUGAUUCUGUUGCUGAGUAACAGAGACAAACUGAGGUCAUGUCUUGUUUAUUUAUUUUAAGUUUUCACACUAUGUUGUGACUACUUUCAGGCCACCAAAACUAGAUCAGUAAAUGUGGACUUUGGUAUUGGCAGUGGUGCAAACACAUGAUACCUUACUCUGGGGUUUAUAAACAGCCUCUUUCUUUUUAACAAAAAAAUCUGGAAAUGUAGAACAAUGUUUAAGAAUGUGAGUAAACAUUACUUGAUACGGCCCUUGUCUAUAUUUUCUGUGUUAUACUCAUAUUGUGAGUAUGUAUUCAGGAUGUGCCUCAGUAUUUCUCUGCACCGUCCACAGGACAGUGCAGAAACAUCUUAAAUGUUUAUUUUGAGAAAUAUGAUUUUAGAGCAGCAACCAGCAGUAAUAUUUAUUAUUAUUUUUCCAUUAUAUAUUAUACUAUGUUUAUUGUUUUUCAUAGAAUUAACAGGUUGCAUGGUUUAUAAAUUGUCGCAAUAAAUAGAAAAAUACCAUCAAAAUGCCCCAAUUUCAAGGUGAAAUUAUAGAUAUUUCAUUUACGAUUACAUCAAACAGAGAGAGAGGCUGUAACCUGCACCAUGUUUGGCAUUUUUGCCUCAGAAAGACAGUUAAUCAAUUAUAAACACUUUUUUUACUUCUAAUUACCUGUUAGAUGACUAAUAAAUUAACUGAUUCAUCAAUAUCCAUUGAAUUUGAUAAACUAUCUUACAGUUGGAUUUAAAUUUGUUAAAUUUGUCUAAUUAUAAAAGGGCCUUGGCUCGUGACACAGCUACAGCUUCCCUGUGAUAAUUUAGUCCUAAGUUGUGUUGACGGUUUCAACAUGGCGAUGAGCUAACCGGGCACCCUCAUGUUCACCACAGAGGAAUGUGACGCCUCCUAAGGUCAGAUCUCAGAAUUAACAACAGUGGAAAAACCAUUUUUCGCUUCCCCUUGUUCAUCAAACACAACACAAACUCCAUGCACACGUCGGACAGCAAGCGCCUAUUAGAACGUGCCCCCGUCUAGACGGCGUUAGAAUGACUACCAAAUGGUUUUCCACCCGGCCUUUUCCAAUGGCUCCACUAAGGUCAUGGAAUUUACCCUCAUGUUCAGAGCAGAGACGCUGGGCCAGCCCUUGUCUUUCUGUGAAGCACAGCACUUUGGUUUGGAGCCGCUCAACAGACCAGAGUAAUGUUACUGCAGUAAUGGGCCAUUUAUGACCUCCGGGUCUGCUCGUCUGGACAUCUGGGUGUGCAUGGCUGGACUUGUCUCACAACAGCUACUCAGAAACAAAUCCUGGGAGGUGAAUAUAAGGUAACAGUGUGCAGAGGUGUGACAAGCUCCAGAUUUGUAACGUGCAUGUGGCUAUUGGCAGGAGGUUAUCACUGAAUUCCUAGAAAUGGUGAAGAGUUUUGAGGAAACGUAAACAUGUGUAUGUUUUGUCAACAAAAGGUCCUACUUUAUCUGAAAGUCCUGUUAUUACUGUUUAACUGUUGUGCUCAAUAAUGGCCUACAUCAGUAUGGAAAGCCUGCAUCAUCAGGACUACAGCUGUAUCUAAUUAUUCCAGGAAUGCCGGGCUUUGUAAAAAAAAAAAAAGCUUUGCGCAGAAUAUUGGCUGACUUUUUCAAAAUCCUUCUCUUCCCCCUCGGCUCCCUCUCAGCUGAGCUCCUUUGGCAAUGCCACAGUCUCCCCUCUGAUGAGAUGAUGACAACCUACACCCGCGGGGCCCCCACAGUCUUCUUCCUAAGUCUUCUGUGGCCCCUGCUUGUCCCGACGGUGGUGGCUGCGACGGAAGGGGACCCCAGCGAAGGAAUCCCCUUCAUGGGAGGCAACUACGAUGGACAUCCCAUGCUGUACUUCAACCGGGGGAAUGUGGAGGAGCUGCAGUACGCAGCGGCGGGGACUCAUCGGGACAUGGCGAGGAGGAUUCGUGAGGCUGGGGAAAUAAUGCUGGAGCGCCCGGAGGAGUACCUGCCACCCUGGAGCCCCGCGGAGUUCAGCGCCCGCUGGAACGAGGUGUACGGGAACAACCUGGGUGUGCUGUCCAUGUUCUGCCUGCUGUACCCCCACAGGGCCGGGGCCCUCGACCUGGCCAAGGACUACAUGGAGAGGAUGGCGGCUCAGCCUAGUUGGCUGGUCAAAGAUGCCCCCUGGGAUGAAGUUCCUUUGGCGCACUCAUUGGUCGGGUUCGCCACCGCUUACGACUUCCUGUAUGAGUACUUGAACAAGGGCCAACAGGAGCGAUUUCUGCAGGUGAUCGGCAACGCGUCACGCCUGAUGUACGAGAAGUCCUACGUCCGAGGCUGGGGCUUCCAGUACCUGCACAACCAUCAGCCCACCAACUGUGUGGCUCUGCUCACAGGAAGCCUGGUUUACAUGACACAAGGUUACCUUCAGGAGGCCUACCUGUGGACCAAGCAGGUCCUGUCCAUCAUGGAGAAGUCCAUGGUCCUCCUGCAGGAUGUGACGGAUGGCUCCCUGUAUGAAGGCGUGGCCUAUGGGACUUACACCACCCGCUCUCUGUUCCAGUAUAUGUUCCUGGUGCAGCGCCACUUUGCCAUCAGCCACUUCGACCACCCGUGGCUUCUCAAACACUUUGCCUUCCUCUACAGGACUAUCCUGCCCGGAUUUCAGCGGACUGUAGCCAUUGCAGAUUCCAACUACAACUGGUUCUACGGGCCGGAAAGCCAGCUGGUCUUCUUGGAUCGCUAUGUGUUGCGUAAUGGCAGUGGAAACUGGCUGGCAGAUGUGAUUCAUCAAAACAGGGUGAUGGAAGGGCCAGGGCAGGCUGGAAAGGGCCAGCGGUGGUGUACUCUCCACACAGAGUUCAUCUGGUAUGACCCGAGCCUGAUCUCCAAGCCCCCGUCAGAUUUUGGAACAUCCCAACUCCACUACUUUGAGGACUGGGGUGUGGUCACAUAUGGCAGUGCUUUACCUGCAGACACCAACAACACCUUUGUCUCCUUCAAGUCAGGGAAGCUGGGAGGACGCGCCAUCUUUGACAUUGUUCACAGGAACAAGUACAAAGAGUGGAUCAAAGGGUGGAGGAACUUUAACGCUGGCCACGAGCACCCAGAUCAGAACACUUUCACCUUCGCACCCAAUGGUUUCCCAUUUAUAACUGAGGCACUAUAUGGACCCAAGUACACUUUGUUAAACAAUGCGGUGUUGUUUGGCUCGGCGGUCUCAGGGAGUUGCUUUAAGCCGUGGGCUGGACAGGUUACAGAGACCUGUGACUCUAAGUGGUUGAAGUACAAAGUGGGGCUGGCGGCUGAUACCCAGGGCAGAGUCGAAGCUGCUAUGGAGAGACAGGGAAUGGUCUUCAUCCGAGGUGAGGGACGUUCUGCGUAUAAUUCUGAGCUAAAGAUCAGAAACUUUCAGAGGAACCUUCUCCUUCUUCACCCACAGCUCCUCCUCCUCGUGGACCACAUCCACCUGGAUCCUGACAGCCCAACCAGGGCCAUGAGUGCCUUCUUUCACAACACCGAUCUGCCAUUCCAGGGCACAAAGGUAGAUGGUGUUCAUGGAGCAUUUGUGUCACAUGGUGAGGACAAGUAUAAGAUGUUCUGGAUGGACGACACUGGCUACAGUAACAAAGGAGUGAUAGGUUACUGGAAUUACCCUCGAGGGUACCCAUAUAAUGGUUCUAACUAUGUGAACAUCACAAUGCCAUUAAGGUACCCUUACACAAGGGUGGCCUACAUUUUUUUUGGACCGGGGGUGGACAUACAGAGCUUCAGCCUGCGUGGUGAUGACCAGAGAGUGGAUAUUUACCUGGCCACCAAGGAUCACACUUACACCAUCUACCUGCUUACUGGAGAGGUCACCAGCAAGCCUCUGUUCUCCAUGGUGCUGCUGAACAACAAGAAAAUCGUAUUCGAGAAGGCCGCAGUUGCGGAUGACAGCUCGCCAGAGGAAGUAGAGGAGUACGUCAACGUGAUGGAGGACAACCUCCAGCACGUCAAGCCUGUUUUUCAGCAGAUGGAGAGACACAUCCUCGGACGGGUUCUGAACACUAACAGCUUCAGAAAGACUGCAGAGCGCCUCCUGCAGUUCUCUGACAAAAAGAAGACAGAGGAGGUCAUUGAGAAGAUGUUUGCUAUGUCCAAGAAGCAGGGCAAGGGUAAAGGGGGGAAGAAAGUCAACCUUGGGGAGAAGCUUUCUGAGAGUCUCCCUGACAUUUUUGCACAGAUUGAAGUGAAUGAGAAAAAGGAGAGACAGAAAACCUCAAAGCGUACGUAUGAGGACAGUCCAGAAGAGGGGGACGCAGACUCCCGGGCCUUUAUGGAUUAUACAGACAGUCGCAAAAAUAGAAAAGGUGGCUUUGUCAAGGGCCGCAAAUUCAAAGAGGUUCACAUGGUGGGCACAGCAGGGAGUGAAGGUUUCACCAGCACAGCCUCUUACAUAAGACUCUUCCUCCUUCUGAACACGGCCACCUUCUUUUUACUGCUGGCUGUGUUGCUGACUCGCUUUCAGAGGGGUCGAAGUUUGCACACACAGAGGUGUUUCUACACCAUCCUUCUGAUCGACUGCUUCAUCUUACUGUACCUCUACUCCUCCUGCUCUCACACACAGUGCUAACACCUUGAGCGGGUUUGGAAUCGUCCAGCCCACGACCGAAUGACCUGUUGUUCAUGGUGAACUAAAUGCACCUCACACCUCAGUCUGAGCCAGAUCUUAUAACAGAAUAUUGGGCUGCUAGUCGAAAGAAAGUCUGAGAUUUCAAGAAAAAUUAUAAUUUUGACAAAAUAGUUAUAAUAUUAUAAGAAUGAAGUUCAAUAAAUGUUUACAUAGUUCAAGACAUAAGUUCUAAAUGUAUAAGAAAACAUUUAAUGUUGAUGAAAGUCAUGAUGACAUGAGAAAAGAUUUACAGUAUUUCAUAAAUUAGUGGUAAUGUUACGAGAUGCUUCUGUCAGUGCUACCUAUUAAUAUCUCAGUCAUUAGCAGUCUAGCAGUUUUAACUUGUCACAUGAGGGAUGCAAAGGAUUUGAAGUUAGGAGUUUCAUAUUUAAACAAUUGAUUAAAUCAUAGAGUUUAGGACAGUAAAAUUAUAUAAAAUCAAUUAUAUAAUGUGACAAUCGUUACAUACGGCAAAUGGCACAAGUUAAAAGGGGAUGUACGUCCUAAAUGCACUUGAACAAUGAGAUCAAGAUCAUUCAAAUAAAGCCUGAUGACCUUUUUGAAAUGUGACUCUUAUUCUCAGAAUAUAACCUUUCUUUCUCAUGUUAUGACUUUUUGUCGUCAUUUCUAUUUUAUUCAUACAAGUCACAAAUUUACCUCAUGGGGUUUGAGGAUAAUAAUCUGAAAAUUAUGACUGAGCCUCUUAGUAACAUACUCGUAAUGUUGUGAGUUUUAUGUGUCAUAGACUUUUUCUCAAGUCUAUGACUUUUUCCUACAUAAUAUCCUGAUUUUAUUCUUGAAAUGUCAGAUUUCCUUUUCCCUAACAGUGGCCCAAAUACUUAUAAGAUCAGGAAAUACAACAACUGAUUCCAAUAGGAAUUGAAGAAUUGCCAAGAUGAAACCAGAUCACCUCUGAUUAAGCUUCUGUGGAGCUUUAGAACUGAGUCUGUGUGAAGUUUGUUCAUAGUUGUGUUCAGAGGUCCUGCCUUGUAUCAAAGAUCUCAAGGUUAGCCACUAUAGUGCAGUCGCCUCAGCUGUACAUGAGAUUUGUCCUGUCUACAUAGUUUAUAGAAAUACAUUGAAAUGUAUAUAAAUAUAUAUAUAUGUGAAAGCAAGAUAUAUUUUUAUGGUUUCUUUUUUACCAUUUGUAAAUAAAAUUACCACAUGCA